UCCAAAUCUCUCUCUCCCCUCACCGAGGCGAUAAGAUCGGUGCCGCAUUCGGUACACCACUCACGUGCGUGCUGGAGGACCCUAGAAAAAAAAGCGGCCCACAACUGACGUAGCUGUAUUGCUGGCCCGGGAUCUUUCCCAGUGUUGGUUGUCCUUUACUUAUUCUCUGGCACACUUGACAUCACGGAUUCCUGGCUAUAAUUAAUCCAACUCUGCCCCUGUGAAAUCACUGUGAUUUAAUUAAUCCUCUCCACUCUAUUAUCGUCCUUUGGAUGACCGUGUCAGUGCGUUGGCUUCCUGCUCGGACGUUAUUUCCUCGACCCAAGCUCUUAUUACAGCGGUUCCUGACCACCAGGUGCUGUAACUCAUUGCCCCCCUCGAAACGCCCUGAUUACCAUAAAUCCCCCGUUCUUGCCUCAGCGCUACGAUUCCAACGUAGUUUGUCCCAAUCGUUCACAACAUACGCUCCAUUACCCGACAAGAUGCCGUCUCAAACCUACCAGCGCAAGCACAAGGUGGCCGUUAUCGGUUCUGGAAACUGGGGUUCGGCCAUUGCAAAGAUCGCUGCUGAGAACACAGCCGCACACAGUGAUACUUUCCAGCGGGAUGUGCAGAUGUGGGUGUUCGAGGAGAAGGUGGAAGUACCCAAGGACUCGAAGCACUACGACCCCUCCGACCCUCUCUGCCAGGGGCCACAGAACUUGACGGAGGUCAUUAACCACUUCCACGAGAACAUCAAGUACCUGCCCGGGAUUGCGCUGCCCCCGAACUUGCACGCCAACCCUUCGGUGGAAGACGCAGUCCGCGAUGCGACCAUCCUGAUCUUCAACGUGCCACACCAGUUCAUCAUCAAGAUCUGCGACCAGCUGAAGGGGAAGAUCUUGCCGUACGCCCGUGGUAUCUCCUGCAUUAAGGGUGUCGACGUGAAUGAGGAAGGUGUGAGCCUGUUCUCGGAGACCAUUGGCAAGAAGCUCGGAAUCUACUGUGGUGCGCUCUCUGGCGCGAAUAUUGCAACUGAGGUUGCGAAGGAGCUCUGGUCUGAGACCAGUAUUGCCUAUCACUCGCCCCCCUUGGACUCUAAGGCCCCGUCGCCCUCGGCGUCCUCAGAGGACGUGAUCCAUUUCGAGCACAAGGACACCUCGGGCCAGUUCGCGGAGGUGAAGCUGCGAGCACUGCCAAACGAGUACCCCCCUGUUGACCACACUCUGUGGAAGACCCUCUUCCACCGCCCUUAUUUCCACGUUCGUGUUGUGGACGAUGUCGCGGGAGUCUCACUGGGAGGUGCUCUCAAGAACAUAAUCGCUCUGGCCGCCGGUUGGGUCGAAGGCUUGGGCUGGGGUGACAAUGCAAAGGCAGCUGUUAUGCGCGUUGGCCUGCUGGAGAUGGUGAAGUUUGGUGAACGAUUUUUCGGCGCCACCAUUGACUCCAAGACAUUCUUGCAAGAAAGUGCGGGUGUGGCAGAUCUGAUCACUAGCUGCAACGGCGGUCGUAACUUCCGCUGUGCCAAGUUAAGCGUCCAGAGGGGCCAGAGCAUCGAGGAGGUCGAAAAGGCAGAGCUCAAUGGACAGAAGCUCCAGGGUACAUCGACCGCUGAGGAGGUCAACAAGUUCCUGAAGAAGCAGGGACUCGAGGAAGAAUUCCCCCUGUUUACCGCCGUCCAAAGAAUCCUCGAGGGCAAGAUGAGAGCGGAGGAAAUCCCCAACAAGAUUGAGGAUAUCCCCGAACGCAACGGCUCCAGACUGUAAAUGAAAGGAAAAGAAAUGAAAGAAUACUUAAAAGUCAAGAGACGGAGGCGGGAGUGACCGUCUGGCAACGACAUAUUAGAGUUCGCACGAGGAAAAGCGUCAUGGUUUAUGUUUAGAAUAGAUCUGGAUCUAUAGAAUGCGCUGCUUAUUCUGUUUACAGAGUUAAGAGUCAAUUGAAAUAUGGCCCGUUUUACAUGGCCUCGACACAUAUUUGUAUAACCUCUAAAGACAAUGACGGGUAGUCUUCCUUCUGAAGCAUUUGACUACGGAAAAUCUGAUACGAAUAUAGCUAGAGAGAAGUAUUAGUUCGAAAGUAUAAAGUGGGCUUGAACCGCGAGUGUAUCACUUGACAACCAUCUUCUGCUUGACCUACAAGCAAGCAAGCAAUUCAACGG